CAGAUACCUGUCCAACCUUUCCGGCACAAUGAGUAUGAGAGAUUCAUAACAACUGCUUUUCCAUACUACGGAGCAUCAUUCUCAACUGUGUCUCCAUCCUACGUAGAUUCUUCUGAACCUUGAUGGUCUUGCAAGCAUUGGAGGAGAACGUUGUAUGCAUUAAAGCAUCCAACUCCAAGACUGUGACUUGACAGGAGUGCAGAGAUCAUAUAUGGUGUGUAGCACUAGGGCAAGAGAGGAUGAAGAGGCGUCGAGAAAAAGGAUGAUGCAGUGCAUGAGGAUUGUUCUACUCAGGCAUCCCAAGAUGAUGAUGAUGAUGAUGAUGAUGCCUCCACGACCAAACCGACUCAUCUUGCAAUUGCUGAUGGCGAAACACUAGGCCGAUUCACUUUCGUCGUUCCGAAGCAGCUUCUUGGAACGACAUCGCACCGGCGAUGAUAAAGCGAUCCGACGGCCUGCUAAAUCCUCGGAAGAUUCGCUAUAAUUAUCACGCGGAGGAGGAGGAGGAGGAGGAGGAGGAGCACGCGUGGUAUCAGCUCCGCCAUCGAACCUCCCUGGGUAGUCUGGUCCGGGACGAACCGGUCAAAGGUUCGGUGAUUUCAUAACCUCCAGCUUAAUAAAUGAUAUAAAUAUAUAUAUAUAUUUAAUAGUUUAAUAAAUAUCUAAUCAGAGGAGUAUUUUUUUUAGAAAUUAAAAAAAAUUAGCUUUGAAGUUAAAUUUGAAUAUUAUUGAUAAGAACAUUUAGUUUUGAUUAAGGAGUAGGAAAACCAAAGAUUUAUAAGUUUCUAGUAUCAUUCUUAUUCUCAAACAUAUUUUUUGGGAUUCGUCCCAAAAAUAUAAAAUCGUAUGAGCUUAAUACUUUGUCGGCUUUUGUAUUCCAGUAUAAAUGAUGAUAAAAUAUUGAAUUAUCACAUGUACAAUAUAUAAUAUGUAUAUAUGAAAAAAAAAGGUUGAAAAUUCUCAUAAGGUACAUGUGACCUAAAUAGCAAUUGACCAGGUUGAUGCAAGUUAUCAGUAUCCAAUAAUUAGUAGGAUGUUGUCAACAGGCGAGCAAACAUCUCUAGUGGAGAUUCGUUGCUUAUAUCCACACACACAAAACUCUGUUGUUGCUUAAUAGAAUGUCUAAAGUUGGCUCAUCUGGUAAUCCCAUGCAGCUGAGAUCAUAUACAUGAAACUAAUCAUGCAUGCAUUGAACUUUAAUAUUUUAUCAGUCUUGUUUUAGUGAGAACUCUACAACAACAGUCAGAAAUGGGACAACAGGGACAGGUUCAUCAUGCAUGCAGAGCUGCUACGUAACCUUGUUUGAACUGUUCUAAUACUACUAUCAAAUGAUUCUGAUGAUGUUAUUACAGGCAGUAGUGCUGUGGCCAAUGAGAGAGAGAGAGAGAGAGAGAGAGAGGAGUUGCUUCCCAAGAGCUCCAUUUGCCCAACGCCUUCCUCUUCUUUCCUCGUUUCUCAUGCGUACAGAAGUGUCCACAAAACUGACACGCUUCCUCUUCCCUUCGCCUCUUCGGCAAUGUUUUGUGUCGUUAACACGUCCCCGGCUUCCCACAUUGCUCUGCUUUCUUUCUUCUUUCCUAUAUGAACACCUCGAAGGCCCAUCGAGUUUCGUUCUCUUCUGGUUUUAGUCCUGUCAAAGAACACCCAUUUCUCUCUUCGUCUCUCCUUCCUUUAUAGCCUCGUCUUAUCAUCCUCAGAGUCCAUAGACCCUCGCCUCGUUUUCUUUGAUUUGUUCUUCGAAGGAGAAGCCAAAUUUGAUCUUUCUGUUCUUCCUCUCCCUCCCCCUGCAUUUGAUUUCUGCUGAUCGUCUCUCCUUCUUCCUCCACUUUUAACGCUUUUAAUCGGGAAAAAACUCGACUUUGAUGGGCGCUCACCACAGCAAGAGGCCCGACACGCCGUCGGUCCUCUUGGACGACGGCGGCGGCGGAGGCGGCAAGGCCGACAUCCGGUACGUGGCGGAGCUGAGCUCCUACGAGGCCGCCUGCCGCCUCGACCCCGAGCUGCAGGGCUUCGACUCCACGCUGCAGCGGUGUACCAGCCGCGUCAUCUCCUCCCUCGCCCUCGGCGUCGAGGUCCGCUCCCUCUCCCUCGACUCCCUCCGCGAGAUCACCGGCUGCCUCCUCGAGAUGAACCAGGAGGUGGUGAAGGUCAUCCUGGAGUGCAAAAGCGACAUCUGGAAGACCCCCGAGCUGUUCGGCCUCGUCGAGGACUACUUCGAGAACAGCCUGCACACCCUCGACUUCUGCGCCGCCCUCGAGAAGUGCCUCAAGAAAGCCCGCGAUGGCCAACUGAUCAUCCAAGUCGCCCUGCAGCACUUCGCCGAGGAGGAAGCCGAACCCGAACCCGAACCCCAAAAGGACGCCAAGAAGAAGUACUCGAGGACACUGGAGGAGCUGCGGCUAUUCAAGGCAGCCGGCGAUCCCUUCACCGAGGAGUUCUUCCAGGUCUUCCAGUCCGUCCACGGGCAGCAGCUGCUGAUGCUGGAGAAGCUGCAGCAGAGGAAGAACAAGCUGGACAAGCAGCUAAGGUCCAUCAAGGCAUGGCGGCGCGUGUCGAGCACAAUCUUCGCGGCCACCUUCGCGGCCGUCCUGAUCUGUUCGGUGGUGGCGGCCGCGGUGGCCGCGCCUCCGGUCGCCGCGGCCCUGGCCGCCGCCGCGUCGAUCCCGAUCGGGUCGAUGGGCAAAUGGAUCGACUCGUUGCUGCACGACUACCAGAAUGCGGUGAAGGGGCAGCGGGAAGUGCUGAGGUCGAUGCAGGUGGGCACCUACGUCGCCAUCAAGGACAUGGAGAGCAUUCGGGUGCUCAUCGACAAGGUGGAGAUGGAGAUGGCCUCGCUGCUGGCUGAUGCAGAGUUCGCCAUGGAGGACGCACAGGCGGUGAGCAUUGCGAUGGAGGAGAUCAAGAAGAAGGUGGAGGUGUUCAUGAGGAGCGUGGAGGAGGUGGGGGAGCAGGCCGACGGAUGCAGCAGGGACAUCAGGAGAGCCAGAACGGUGGUUCUGCAGCGCAUAAUUAGGAAUCCAGAAUGAAGGAAGGAAACCCAUGCCAUCCAUCAUUCUCUCAUUCACCAUCUGUUAACGCCACAUGAUUUCUUGAAUUUUCUUGUUGAUCUGUACCUACCUUCUUAUGUAUUGCAUGUAUCCCUUCAAAAUUAGUAAUUUCAUGUUUAUUCCUUUUUA